AUGCUUUGUCAAUUAUUUACAAAUUGUAUGAAAGCAAAUAAUUUAUUACAAACUGAUCAAGACAUUAAACAUCAUUGGAUACAUGCUGUUCGUUGGUUACGUGAUCAACUCGAACGAUCAAAUCACAUUCCAUCAAAUUAUCCUUAUUAUCAAUCUCAAGGACAAAUUGCAAGUAAUGAUAUAUCCCAAGGAUAUUUUCUUGAACGAACACCAAGUGCUAAAUCAGUAUUAGAAAAAGCUUGUGAUUUAUGUUCGGAUAAAGAAAAUGAUGAUACUGGUUCAAAUAGUGAUGAAGGUGAUGAAAAUUAA